CACGACGGUCAGACAAACCGGCUGGGAUAGUGGAACAAUUUCUAACUUAGUUCUGUUAGUAUUCCCCUUCAGCACAUUCUGCUCGAAUGACCACUACUGAUCCUGAAACGACUUCCAUUACGGAAGACAAUAAAGAUGUUGAAGAGGGUCCACCAAAAGAUAGCAAGAGGUUAUUGCGAAGGCUUUCACAAGCGGCCCUUUCGGAAAUAAAUCAACUCUUCCAACCUCUUUCGGUUGACUUACUACAUGAUCCGCAGGCUCAGACUAAAGAUGAGACAGCACAGACCCAAACCGAUGAUCAAUGUGGAGAAUCAGAAAACGCCUGUGAAAUCUGUGAACAAGUUCCCACCUUCACAGUCACGACCCUCGAGCCUAUUGAAGAACGUCCUCAGAAGAAAACAGAGAAUCCGCAAAAACCAGAAGUUAACGACACCCCGUCGGCAUCCAGCAACACCCUCACACCCUUAACAGAAAAUAAGAAGAAUCAAAAGAAAGAAAAGUCAAAUGUCAGUUGCUCUUUGGCCACCGUUGUUAUGCUUUUUAUCCUGGCAGUCGCCGCCGCACUUUUGGCUGGUUUCGCAGCUUACUGGUUCACCAGACAGAAGUUCGAAAUGCAAAUGGCUGAGAUGACUUAUGUACCACAACCGAGGCGGAACAUGUCACUCUUGGCAGCUCAAGAUGAGAUGUAUGAGGAAGAUGAGCCAACUGUUGGCCCCACUCCUGACGAGCUUCGUUUACCCCAGAACUUGGUACCCAUAUGGUAUAAUCUAACCCUAAGGACAUAUGUGCCCGGUGGAGCUGCGACCGUUGACGAAAAGAACCUUACUACCGAUGGAAACAUUAUGAUAAAAUUAAAUGUCUUAAGUAAUACAGUAAAGAUCACACUCAAUGCAAAAAAUCUAACUCUCCCGUCUGAUGCCUCAAAAGUAAGAAUACUCACGGAGGUUCCACAUGAGCAUCACAAACGAGAAGCACUUAACGAAACUGAAGUGGAAGAAGAAAAACCAGAGGAACUUAUAAACAUGACAGUGGCAACUGAUCUCGAACACGAGCCGAUCAUAACCCAGCAUCACAUGCCUGAAUUAGUACCCUAUGGAGUCUUGGUUAGCGAGAUACUCUACAAUGCUACAUUGGAGCAAGUGAUGCUGGUUCUGGACAAACCAUUGCAAGCUGAGCAGGAGGUUAUUGUACAGAUGCCGUUCAGUGGCUAUAUCACCGAAAAUGCUGACGGUCUUCACCAAUCGAUCUACCGAACAAGAAAUGGCUCUAAAAAGGUAUUAAUCUUCACAUCUCUCCAACCCGGUUCAACUCGCAGCAUUUACCCGAGUUUGGAUGAACCACAAUAUCAAGCACCACUCUCUUUGACAAUUCUUCAUCCAAAGGGCACUGUAGCCCGAGCAAAUGGCAUGGAGAUUACGGAGUCGAGAACAGAGGCUGAGCCACUCUGGGAAAAGACAUCAUUUGCUGCUACUGAAGCUCUCCCCACAUACCUUAACGGUUUCGUUGUAUCAGAUUUUGAUAGUAGGGAGGCGACUAGCAAGAAUGGAGUCAAGGUUCGCGUCUAUGCUCGCCCAGAAGCCACAGAAUCUGCUAAUUCUACCACGUACGCCUUGGAAACUGCCACAAAGGCGUUGGAUCUUCUCCAAGACUACUUUGGAGUGCCACUUAGUAGCCAAAAACUAGAUCUCUUCGCUGUUCCUGUAAUGGAAGGCAUGCCAGCAAGUGGACCUGGACUCAUAUUUAUGCCCGAGGACGAGCUGAUAGUGAGCUCAUCCAAAGGCACAGUGGAGGAGAAAGUCAAAGUAGCACGAGCAUUAGCCAAUCAAUUGAGUCGUCAGUGGUUCGGCAACCUCGUAACGCCUUCUGAUUGGCAUGCCCUUUGGCUCAAUGAAGCCUUUGCUAGUUAUAUGGAAUAUUUCUUGCUACAAAAACUGUUUGAUGGAAAUGUUGAUGCGCAAAGCUACCAAACUGGUGAAGCUCUCGAAAGAGCACUAAUAGACGAUGCUCGAUCAUCAUCUCAUCCAUUAACGCUGAAUAUCGAGACUGCUGAUGAAGCUCAGGAACUCCUGGACAAGACCACUGCUGACAAAGGAGGUGCCUUAUUGCGAAUGAUCAACGCUGUAGUAGGUGAAGAGGCUUUCCAGAAAGGAGUGCAGACUUACUUGAAAAAUCAUGCCAAUGGAAACGCGAACUACACGGACUUCUGGGAAGCUUUGAAUAAUGCAAAUGGUGACAAACUUACAACAUGGAAUGGAAACAAAUUGAAAAUGGAGGAAUUUGCCGAGAACUGGAUCUUGCAGAUGGGCUACCCUGUCAUCGAUGUGUACCGACUAGAUGCAAAGACAGUUGAGCUUACCCAACGACGAUUCAAGCUAGAUCAUCUGACUCCUGAGCGAGCAAAGUACCGUAAUGCGCUUUACUGGUACAAAUGGGAUGUACCACUUUUCUACGAAGUAGCUGGCGAGAAACAACCUUUGAACUGGCUACACGAAGCUGUUCGUAUUCCGCUCAAUCUUUCCGACACAUUGCUCAUUAAUCCCGAGUCUUUGGGCUACUACAGAGUAAACUAUGAUGAGCAAGGCUGGGGCAGUUUGGCUGAUCAAUUACAAAAAGAUCACAAGAAAAUCCCUGCAUCUGCUCGAGCUCGCUUGAUUUCUGAUGCUCUAGCUUUAGCAGAAGCUGGACUACUACCAUAUGAUAAAGCCUUUGGUGUUUUGAAGUACCUACCACAAGAAGACAGCUAUUUGCCGUGGACGGUAGCUUUAAGAGGACUGAGAAGCUUAUAUGAAAGACUUUCUAGGACGGAAUUAGAAGAUGAGGCACAGAAAUUCGUUCUUGACAAGAUCCAUGAACUUUUCAAUACUCUAGACCCCGAACACACAAGUGCUACAGAAGAUGGAAAAUUCUUAGAAAGUCAAAUGCACAAAGAACUGGUAGCUUUGAAUUGUGAACUUUCACCAGAAGACUGCGAGAAGAAGUUAGGAAAAGAAUUUGAUAGCAUUAUGUCAGCAUGCAAGGAAGAGAAUCUGGCCAGCGAUUGCUCAAAAGUUGAUCCAUUCAUUCGUCCAUGGGUUUAUUGCUAUGGUGUAGCCAAAGGAGGACAAAAAGAAUUUGAUCUUAUUCACAAAUUUUAUGAGAAAGAAGUAAAUGCAGCAGAGAAAAGACGAUUACUAGAAGCACUAGCCUGUAGCAAGGAACCUCGUCAUCUACGAAAACUUCUCCAUGACACUAUACAUUCCGAAACCAGUGCCAUACCGAUCUCGGAUGUUGAUACACUUGUAGGAAGUAUGAACAAUCAGCCUGUAGGAGCUGAAAUUGUUAGCAAUUUUGUGCUGGACAAUUGGAAGGAUUUGGUAGAACGAUUUUCACUCGAUAAGGGUGCUCUGUCAAAUGUUCUUCAGAAUGCAAUUCGUCUCGAUAGUGAUCGCGAAGUAAAACAAUUCGAACGAUUCCUCACGGAUCACAAGUCAACAACCGCUGGAUUGCGAGCGAUGAAGUUACAAUUGGAAAAAGCAAGAAAUCAAGUUAAUUGGAUGAAAACAAAUAAAAAGGCGAUGAAGGACCUCCUUAGCUCAAGGCAUUCCGAAAAAGAUUUGUAGUUUACAGGUGUAAUUUUUUAUUGAGCCAGUAUUGUUGUGAUAUUAUUUGUUUGUGAUUCGAUGUGUAUCAACGCAUUUUUUGAUGCAUAAUGUAUCAAAUGUUUGAAGUAUAGAUGCUGACUUAAUACUUAAUUAUUAAGCAGAAACUUACCAGUAGGGCCAUAGUUCAAUAGCGAAUUGGAAUCUUUCAAAAGAUAUUUCUCAGCAUUCGAAGUAUGCAAAGUCUUCUUCAUUUCUGAAACAAUGCUCACUUAUCCUCUGUGAAGGUAUUGUUCUCAUUCACUUUCGUUAAAUAAAUAAAUAA